CAUGGUUUAAUAGAUAUCUGUUGUUACCUAAAUUCUUUCAAAUUGUUAACCCUUGUAAUCAAUACUGUCUUCCGGGAGAAGUUAUCUAAGGAAUAUAAUAUUGCAAAGCUUGUUAGUCGUUCUCCAAAGCUUCAAAGAUGUUCACUCAUUCUUUGCAAUAUUGCUGUUUUUCAACAGGUUGAUCUAGAUUUAGGAAAUUAUGAACGAUUUCUGGAUGUGACAUUGACUAAACACAACAAUAUCACAACUGGCAAGAUAUAUCAGUCUGUACUAGAGAAGGAAAGGAAAGGUGAUUAUCUUGGAAAAACUGUUCAGGUGGUUCCACACAUCACUGAUGCUAUCAAGGAUUGGAUUGAAUCAGUAUCUCUUAUUCCUGUGGAUGGGAAGGAGGGACCUGCAGAUGUUUGUGUCAUUGAAUUGGGGGGUACUGUAGGCGAUAUUGAAUCAAUGCCCUUCAUUGAGGCUUUACGACAGUUAUAUUUUUCAGUCGGGCAAGAUAACUUUUGCCUCAUUCACGUCAGUCUUAUACCUGUAUUGGGGGUCGUGGGUGAGCAAAAAACUAAGCCUACCCAACAUAGUGUGCGGGAACUGAGAGCAUUAGGUUUGAUUCCUCAUUUUUUAGCAUGCCGUUCUGCUCAGCCAUUAGUUGAGAAUGCCAAACAGAAGCUUUCACAGUUCUGCCAUGUUCCUGUUUCUAAUAUCCUAAAUAUCCAUGAUGUUCCUAACAUUUGGCACGUUCCUCUCCUGCUUCGGAACCAAAGUGCUCAUGAUGCUAUACUAAAGCAACUGGAUUUACUAAGUGUGGCAAGACAUGUUGAUUUACAGGAGUGGACCAGAAGAGCUGGGACAUCUGACAAUAUUACCAAAUCCGUGAGCAUUGCAAUGGUUGGGAAGUAUGUUGGGCUAACAGAUUCAUAUUUGUCUGUAGUGAAGGCUCUUAUGCAUGCAUGUAUUGCAUGUUCAUUGAAGCCAUCAAUCGACUGGAUUGCAGCAUCAGAUCUUGAAGAUGAUAGUGCUAAAUUGACCCCAGAAGCUCAUGCAGCUGCAUGGAAGAAUCUAAGGGGCGCAGCAUGUGUAUUGGUGCCUGGUGGAUUUGGUGAUCGGGGUGUCAAGGGAAUGAUAUUGGCUGCAAGAUAUGCCAGGGAGAAUAGUGUACCGUUUCUGGGGAUCUGUUUAGGGAUGCAGAUCUCUGUAAUUGAGUUUGCUAGAUCUGUUUUACAUUUGGAUAAGGCCAAUAGUGAAGAGUUUGAUCCCCAAACACCUGACCGUGUUGUAAUUUUCAUGCCAGAGGGAUCAAAAACACAUAUGGGAAGCACAAUGAGGCUUGGCUCUCGAAGAACGUUGUUCCAGACUCCUGAUUGUAUCGCUGCAAAGCUGUAUAACAAUUCAGAAUAUGUGGACGAACGACAUCGCCACAGAUAUGAGGUCAACCCUGACAUUGUUGGCUCUUUGGAAGAAGCCGGCUUGAAAUUUGUAGGAAGGGAUGAAAGUGGGAAACGGAUGGAGAUUUUGGAGCUUCAAGAUCAUCCAUUUUACAUUGGGGUGCAAUUUCAUCCUGAAUUUAAGUCAAGGCCUGGGAGACCCUCUGCUCCAUUUCUAGGUCUUGUCUUGGCAGCAACAGGGCAGUUAGAAGCUUAUGUCAAGAGGCAGCAGAAUGGAAAUGUGUAAGCAAUACAUCAGCAGUAGUGAUCAUAUUGGUUUUGUAAAAGAGGUGCAUGUCUUAGGGAAAAUUAUUGUUUAGUUGUGCGAGUACAAUGGUAUGCAUGCAAACUAAGGGAAAAAUAGGACAUGAUGGAAGAAAAAGAUCUGCAUAAGCGAUACCAACUAGUUGGGCAUAUAUUUUAGUCAUGUUAGCACGUCUACUUUAAGUUCUAUGCUUUUUAGGAGUCUUUAACCCUGUAAGAGAUUUUUAUGCCAUUAGAAAAUAUAGAGAACUUCUGGUGCUUUUUAUUUUUAUUUUGUAUAAUGUUGGCCUGAGAUGAAUUUAAUGGAAAAACAUGGUCCGUGAGGAUUCAUAUAAUCGACAUCGGUUUGCUUGGAAUUGAUGAAUACUUGUAGUCACGUGAGCAAACUUUCUGUCUUGGAUAUGGAUAAACGUAAGAACUUCUGCCCUUUUAUUGAAAAAUGGAGGAAGUGCAAAUAAGCAACAUAAUGACCUGCUGGCAUAGUUGGUCCUUGACUGUCAAAAAAUGCAUAUGGGAUCUUCAUAGCCGCUUUCAAGUUAGAUUGUUUCGUCUUUGGCGAAUAAAAGGGGAUGAGAGCUGUCUUGAGCUUGGACAAAAAGAUAAACAAUACUUUGCCGGCAUGUCAUUUGGAGUGCUGCUGUUGUUUUGAUACUUGUGUGCACGCAAUGGUUUCCUGCACGAUUUCUCUCAUAUUCUUGUUCAUUUGAAACUCUUUACCUCUCUAUUGUUUGUUCUAGUUUGACACGGGAUACAGCUUUGUUAUUCAGUUGUGUAUACAGAGAACAUCUCAAAUAACCUUUGCAGUGAUAUUUCCCAUGUCAAUUGACUGCCAAGUUAUAAUAGCCACAAGUUAGCUGGCAAUAUUUGUCCGAGGGGUCUAGCUUAGAACUUCUCUUUUUGGUGAUAACUAUGGGUCUCAGCUUAUAUUGCAUCAGAGCUGUCCAAAUUUUCUUUCAAAAUUGCCAUUCUGUUGAUUAUCAUUCGAAGAAUGCACGGAAAUUAUGUUGCUUAGAAGAGUAGGGAUAAUUUCAACAUAUAAUGUGGUGACUAAGUUGUAUACG